AGAGAGGCAGCGUGAGUGGUUGGAGGCGUGGAAGAGCCAAGAGAGACACUCACCGUAGCCGAUGUCCUUGACGUCUGUUAGGGAGAGAGAUCAGUAGCACAGGCGCGGCGGAGAUGGAGAGGCGACGGCGAGCGAGCGUGGACGACGGCGAAUCGGACGCGAGGCGCGGCGGCGAAGAGGUGCAACAACGAUUGCAUUGCGAGGAGGUGGCAAAUGCAAUCGUCGAGCAGAGAGAUGAGGGAGAAGGGGAGAAAAGGGGCAGAUGGUGAGCAGCCGGGCCAGAGGCAACGAGAAGGGAGAGAGAGGGAGUGGGGGGGAAAGAGAGAGGGCGAGGCAUCGCGCACGGCGCAGGAGACACCCCGCCCUGCUUCUUUUUGGAUGUGCGAGAGGGAGGAGAGAGCCAGCGACGAGGCCCGCACGCAAAGGUCGGCGUGCGAGCCUGGUGGAUGGGCAGAUUGCGUUAGACAGACGCGCAUGCGCGAGCGAGCGCGACACGCUGCCAAUCCGAGAGGGAUGGGCAAGCGUGUGCGCGAUCGCUUGGCGCGUCGCAGGCGGAGGGCAGGCAGAUGCACCUUCGUGAAGGAGCUCUGCCGGCCGGCGUUGCCCACGACGCGCCAGAAGGGAGGAAAGGGGCGCUCUGGCGCGGGCGGACCACGAUGCAACGAGAUGUCGCCGUGAGGCGACUGAAUCUCGCCUGGUGGUGGUGGGUGCACCCGCGCGUUGCUUCCGCUUGUGGAAGAGUAAGAUCUAGGCGCAGUCGGCGAUCGGCGGGCCCACGGCGCUCGUUGCGAACGACCGUGGCGCCAAUCGGCUGCUGGCGGCGUACGCACAUGGGGCAGAGCGCAGUGUCUCUUGCGCGUGCGCGAAAGGUCGGCGCACUGGCAAGAGACGGGCGCGCUG